AUGUCUGCAGAGAGUGACGCUCCUCGCGUCAGUGAGGGUGAAAGCACGCAGGUGCCCCCACAGAAGAGUGCCUUGGCACCUGAGCCAGAGGCCGCCUCGCAGGCUGCUUUGACUGCAGCGCUGAAAGAAAACGACAUUGGCUCCUCGUCAGACCUGGUCAACGAAGGCCAGGAACUUCGGACGGUAUUCCAGGACCCCGUCUCAUUUAACGUAAAGCAUCCUCUCUACAACAAAUGGACGCUCUGGUUUGAUAACCCCGGCCACAAGGGCUCCUCUAGCGCCAAGGAGCGUAGGGAAAGCUGGGGUGCAAAUCUGCACCGUGUCGUGGACAUUACGAGCGUAGAGGAGUUCUGGGGCCUGUACAACAAUAUUGUUCCCCCCUCAACCCUUCCGCAGAGUGCAAACUACUACCUUUUCAAGGAUGGCAUCCAGCCGGCAUGGGAGGACCCUGCCAAUGGCAACGGCGGAAAAUGGAGUAUUCAACUUCCUCGUGAAAAGCACCGCAGCCAGAUUGACAAGCUAUGGCUCUAUACCAUGCUUUCUGCGAUUGGUGAGAUGCUUGAGACGCCAUCGCCCGAAUCGAAGCUGCCAACCUCGCGAGAAGAGGAGCUUGUCACCGGUGUCAUUCUGCAGGCGCGCUCUAACUAUUAUCGCAUUUCUGUGUGGACCCGCCGUGCCGACGAUUGGGAUGUGCAGGUGCCGGAGGGCGAGCCGGUACCUGAGUCUGUGGCCGUAGGGCGCCGCCUGGUAGAACUUGGUCGGUUCUUCAAGACAGAGGUGCUCGGAUACCCGCUGGAUGCCAAGGUCGGUGGCGGUUUCUCGUCCGAGGUCGAAUUCCAGAGUCACAAGGACAGCGAAAAGAAGCGCGGCAAGCGCGCCCUUGUGUAA